AUGGCACUACACACCACGACCAGUCUAACUCACCCAGUCAUUGGCUACACGAUAGGAAUGCUCGCAGACCGUGAGAGGACGUCAAAGAAGCAAUACCUCAGCACCUUACUUGCUCGCAUAAGACAAACCGAACUGAACGAACAUUACGAAACGUACCUGCACGCCGCGGAAGAGCUUGAAGCGACUUUUGCGGUCCUGGCCGAGUUCCCUGAGAGCAGAGACAUCUUUCACGGGUUCCUCUGGAUUAGCAACGUAUCGGACCAUAGGGGAGAUUUGAUAGCUUUGAUUCAGGGCCAUAAUGCCUCCCAGGAAGCACUGGUCGUGUACACGUACUUUUGCAAAAUAAUCCAAAGGCUUCCGACAAGAUGGUGGUCUGAAAAAUGGGUCCGGGGACUCAAGGAUGUCACUGCAGCUAAGUCUGUAAUCACAUUCGCGAUGCCUUCAGCCGCGUUGUCGCUCCUUGUUUCAGCGGCCGCGCUAAGCAUCUACGGUGUGGCAACGGUCAUCUACAACCUCUUCUUCCACCCCUUACGCCGCUACCCGGGACCCAAGCUAUGGGCAGCUACGCCUGUACCUGCAGCCGUCAACAUCCUCCGAGGCACUCCCCACCUGACCAUUCUGGAACUCCACAAGCGCUACGGCGACGUCGUGCGCGUUGGACCCAACGAGCUGGCACUUGCACACGCUGACGCAUGGAAGGAUGUCUGCGGACAUCUCAAGCGCGGACAAGACGAGAACGGAAAAGAUCCAAAGUACGGCAACGAAGAGAUGGACAAGAGUCUUAUUUCGGCAUCACGCGAGAGGCACGGGCCCGCACGACGACUUCUGUCUCACGCGUUCUCUGCUCGAGCAAUGGCGGAGCAACAGCCCCUGAUGGACCGAUUGAUCAGCCUCUUUAUUCAGAGAGUACAUGAACACAGCAAACGUGGAACGGUGGCUAUGGAUGCUUCCAAGUGGUUUGAGUGGACGACGUUCGACAUUAUUGGGGAUCUGGCCUUUGGCGAGCCCUUUGGAUGUCUGCAGAACUCGGCCUCGCACCCUUGGGUAGACAGCUUCUUCGCGUCCAUGAAGAUCAUCCCGUGGAUUCAAGCCAUUAGCGACUUCCCUCUCUUCUCUGUGUUAAAGCCUCUCUACUUCAUUCUUUUUGUUCCCAAAGAUGUGCUGAAACAGCGGCAUCUAAGCCAGGUGAUGGCCGAGGAGAACCUGAAGAAGCGGCUGGCUAUUGGGGGUGAUCGGCCAGACUUUGUUCAAGCCUUGUUGAAGAGCGGCGAGAAACACGAAAUGUCUCCGAUGGAGAUGAGGGAUAACAUGGUCCUUCUCACCACCGCCGGCUCUGAGACAACUGCUACGACUCUCGCGGCAACGACAUACUUUCUAGGCAACCACCCCGAAGUCCUCGCAAAGCUGAACGCCGAAGUUCGCUCAGCAUUCAAGAGCGAGCAGGAGAUUGAUGUCAACAGCGUCCAGAGUCUUCCUUACAUGCUUGCUGUUCUCAGAGAGUCAAUGCGAGUUUAUCCUGCUGUUGCGAUUGCCUUGUUGCGUCAGACGCCUCCGAGCGGUGCGCAGAUCGCCGGGGACUGGGUCACUGGAGGAACGACUCUUGGUAUCUGGCAGUAUGCUGCGUAUCACGAUCCCACUAAGUUUCUUUAUCCGGACGCGUUUAUCCCGGAGCGUUGGUUGGAUGAUGAGCGUUUCGAUGGCGACCAGAAAAACUUGCAUCAGCCGUUUUCUUAUGGCCCUCGCAAUUGUUUAGGCAUGAACCUUGCUUUUGCUGAGAUGAGGUUAAUUCUUGCCCGCAUAAUUUGGAACUUCGACUUGGAGCUGGCGCCGGAAAGUAAAUCUUGGGCAGCUGGUCAAAAAGUUUUCUUCUUCUGGGACAAGCCUCCCUUGUGGGUGUACUUCAAGCCCCGACAAGAGCAAUGA